UGCUCGUAUCUAACCCAAAUAAGCUUACACUCUCUACCGCGUAGCUCCAGCAUAGAAGUGUCAACAUCCCUCCAACGGCUCCUUGGAAAAUAAAUCCAAAUACAGCUCAACAUGAUGGCAGAUCCUGGUAUAAACGAUCACCAUGAUGUGAAGAUUUAUAGCUUACCUGGACGUAAAUUUAAUGAUAUAGAUAAUAAAUUGCUUAGGAUUAUACACGAAAAUUUGACUCAGGAAGAGGCUGCUCUAGCACCAGAUAUGCGAGCAAGGUUAAACCACUUGCGACUACAUGUUCAGCAUGAAGGCCAUGACAGCAUGCAUGCAGAAAUGGUCUUGGUACUUUUCAUUGUGACCUUAAUUGCACAUGUUGCCCUUGUCAUCUGGAAAAAAACUCAUUUCAAAACUUAUCAGCAAGUGAGCAUGGUUGGGGUGUGGCUGGCCCCCUUCAUUGUGUGCUUGAACCUGCAAUGGUGGGUGUUUGUCUUCUGGUGGCUUGUGUUUACAUGCAUCACUGGGCUGGUCAUGCGGAGUGCCAUGCAACGUCCACUACAGCCCACUACGCCCAGACAGGUGUACAAAUGGUUCCUAGCAGUGCACAAACUGUGCACAUUCCUGUCAGUGACAGGCUAUGCCCUGGUAAUGAUGACAGUGAUGGGCUUACCUGCACUAUUCCGCUUGUCCCCCAUCACCAUGUUUGACUACUCCCUGAUGUUCCUCUUCUAUGGCAUCUACUUUGGGGUGCUCGGCAGAGAUCUGGCUGAAGUCUGUGCUGACAAAAUGGCAGCACACAUUGGAUACUACAAGCCGGAGGGAAUGCCCACACGUACCUUAGAGCAUGGCAUCUGUGCCAUCUGUGGGAACCCGCAGCUGGUGCCAGAGGGGGAGGAGGGUGUCAUAGAGGACACACUGCGUCUUAAUUGUGGACACACUUUCCACGAGUUCUGCAUUCGUGGCUGGUGUAUUGUGGGCAAGAAGCACACCUGCCCCUACUGCAAAGAAAAAGUUGAUAUGAACCGCAUGGUCAACUACUGGGAGAAGCCACACGUCUUCUUCGGACAGAUGGUGGACUGGGUGCGAUUGAUGCUAGCGUGGCAACCACUCAUCAUCGUUCUAGUGCAAAAUAUCAACCGAUGGCUUGACUUAAAAUAGGAUUAGAUUGCUUUUAGUGCUUGAAAUACAACUAAACCGUUUUUAAGUAGUCGACUUUAAACUAUUAUUUACCUUUUUGUUGUGUAGCAUUGUGCAGAUUUUAUACUAUACUCGUAAUUGUUAAUACCUUCUCCAACGACAUGUUUAUAUUCUUGAUUCUGAAGACUGACUAAACAUGUCUUGAUACUGAAUAAAAUUCUCCUUGCAUUAUCAGCUUCUGAUGAAGUCCAUGAAGUCAUGAUGAAGUCCUCAAUGGACGAAAAGGAACAAAAUUAAUUAACAGAAUUAGUCAUGACCAAGGCCUGUUGAAGUACGGGAUUUAGUACUAGUGGAUGUCUCAAUCGUCAACAUGAGUCACACGGCAGUUGAUGUAUCCGAAGGUGCGCAAGCGGUUCAUCAAUCGCUUCAUUAGGUCAAGUUUCUAACGGUUGUGAACUUUAAAACCAAAUUUGAAACGAGAAUGGGCAAUUAUUAUUUUAUUCAACUUACAACUAAGUAAAAAUAAAUGAAUACCUGUACGAGCUCCUAAAAGGAAAAAAUGAAAAUUGUGGUUGAACUGUUUGUAAAGAAUUGCAAUUGCCAUCUUUUAUCUCUUCGAAACAAAAACUAGGCAUCUUUUGUGCUCGACAGACUGGUCUAAUUUUGUUGUCUGGCUGUUAUUCAAUAUAAAUUUGAAUUUCUUUAUAAAUUGUAAUAUUAACUAGGUAUAUUUAAUAUUUUAGACAUAUUUAUUUGUUACUCAUCUGAUUGACCGUGGCGUUUGCGUUUUACAAAAAAGCCUCUUUAAAUUGUUUUUCUAUCUUGAGCAAUAGUGUCGUGCAUGAGAUAUAUAAUUGAUCCAUUGCAGCCUACUGGUUGUCUCUUACAUAGCCUUAUUUUGUAUGUAUGAACGUUGGUUAAGUGAUGUUGUUCACAUGGUCUAGGCGAUAAAACAAUGAACAUGCUUCGUUUUUCUAGCUUUAUCUGUGCAAUGCUCGAAUUCUGUUACUUAGUGUCCGCCAGUGGGACUUUCUGUGAUGCGAUAUUUCUCUUCAAGAGUUUUAAGGGUUUCUUAGUUAGAGGGCUAAGUUAUUAUAUAGGUACGUCUGAUGUACUGUUAUAUUAUUGCGUAGACAGGUCGGAUAUGGUGUUCAGAUUAUGUAGGCAGGUUGCUUUGCCUUCUCUUUCUCUGUCUCUCGUACGUGUGCCAACGUCUGACGCAAUCUACCUCUUGUACAAGUGUCCUCGUUCUCGUUGCUGUUGAUUUGUCCGUUCUUUGCGUCUCGAGAUACUGUGUUUAUGCCGGCUUAUCGCAAUGGUCAUUUUAAACUUUCCGUCUCAUUUAUACAGUGGAAAUUUGUGAUGAUCACAUUGGUCCACCUUGGCUAUGAGCAUUUUUUAGUCUUGGUCCAAACCAGCUUGUUCUAGAGCGCUUCCCGGUUUCCGGCCACUGUAUUACUACUGUAAUAACUGAACAUGACAGAAUUAACGCCUUCGAUACGAGUCAAUAAAUGAUUCUCUGGCCCUAGAAGCGAUAGCUAAAAUCUCCCAUUUACUAAGAGUGCCUUGAGGGUACAAAUAUAAGGUUUUGCGAUUGGAUUUUAUAUAAAAAGUCGAUUUGGGGCAAUUUUUAUUUGUACAUCCAUCAAACGUAUAGGGCUAAGUUAGUUAACGUUGACAAAAAAAAAAAACAACCUAACUACGCUGAGUUAAAGCCUUGGCGUAGUUGAAACAAACUUUUAUGACGGAACGCAGUUUCACUCGCGCUCUCUCGGUUCGAUUUAGUUCUUAGUUGUUGACAACACUAGGCUUUUGUAGUUGGCUAACGUUCGUCGAAGAAACGCUUAACUUCACAUCAAUUAAUAUUCAGUACAUUCUGAUUUUAUUGCGGAUAGUUUGUGUGUUGUGGUUUGAUCGUUUUUAGCCAUCAUUUUGACAAGGAUUCGUGCCAGCAUAAACUGCUCUGACAAACGAUAUUUUUUGUUCCAAGUGCACUGUUCGUUUAUUAAAUUGGAAAACAAAUGAUAUAAGAAUUGCUGAUCAUCACUGUCAUUCAUGUUAAUUUUGCGUGACAUGGCCUCGGCCUGGGUUCCAAACGGAUACUCUGACAAACCAUGGUUUAUUUUGAAUAUUUAGUAACUAGUUUUGUUAUAUUAUUGUUCAUUUGUUAUUUGAGUGGUUCUAACAUACUAGCAGGAUUGCCUUCUCUUAAAUAGUAUCAAAAUUAAGCAGAUGAAGUCGUUGAUGCAGCACGAAGAGUAUGGUUUAACUGAUUAUUGUGGUGGGUGUGGUUCAACGUGAUUACUAAGUAUCAUUAGUAUUUGGCAAGUAUUUCUGUUGUGGUAUUCUUUCGCCUUUCCGUUGCAUUUACUGUGGAUUUGCGAGUUUUUAGAUAUUAUGAUAUUUUUACCUGGUUAUUAUUUGCCUUUUGCAUUUAUUGAUUUUCAUCUUGCCAGUUUGCUCAAUGAACGAAGUUGGAUGUAGUUUCGCGGCAAAUAAAAAUUAACUUUUCAUUCAAUAUAUAGAUUCUUAUAGAAGAAAAUAUUUUUCAAGCCUUACUAACACGCAUUUGGCUUCCCCGCUAGAUUUGGUGCAACUUUUUAAUGCAAGGUCUAAGCAACGGUGAUGACAAUCUCGACCGCUUCUGAAUACAAUUUUUAUAAGUGGACGAGAUUUCUUCCGAUGACUGCUGAGAAGGCAAGUCAAUAUCGGAUAGCAAUGUUUAAUUAACGAAGUACAUUUGGCUGCUUGCUCGUUGUGA